CAGGCGCGUUGCGCGCCGGCGCACGGGGGAGGGAUGCUGAGGACCCGGAGGCUCGCGGUGUGUUUGGGCUGUCGGGGGUGCGCGCACAGCCCGGGAAAAGCGGGAAAUGGCGGCGCCGAGCGCGGGCUCCCGGUCCGCCCUCCAGCCAAAGGAGCAGAUGGCUGCUGAUAGGGGGCGCAGGAUGUUGAGAGGGUGUGGCAUGCAUCCUGACCAUCAGGAAGCUCUCAAAAAGAACCGCGUGGUGCUGGCCAAAGAGCUGCUGCUGAGCGAACUGUUGGAACACCUCCUGGAGAGGGACAUUAUCACCUUGGAAAUGAGAGAGCACAUUCAGGCCAAGACGGGCAGUUUCGGCCAGAACGUGGAACUCCUCAACUUGCUGCCCAAGAGAGGCCCCCAGGCCUUUGAUGCCUUCUGUGUGGCCCUGAGGGAGACCAAGCAGAGCCACCUGGAGGAGCUGCUGCUCAGAACCCUGUCCGGUCUUCAGCCUGUAGUCCCGCCGUUGAGCUGCGACUAUGACCUGAGUCUCCCUUUCCCGGCGUGUGAGUCCUGUGCCCGCCGCAAGCAGCUCCGCCUGUCUCCAGAUGCGGUGGAACACUCCCUAGACCACGGAGAUGGUCCUCCCUGCCUCCAGGUGAAGCCCUGCACGCCUGAGUUUUAUCAGACACACCACCAGCUGGCCUACAGGUUGCAGUCUCGGCCCCGCGGCCUGGCACUGGUGCUUAGCAACGUUCACUUCACUGGAGAGAAAGACCUGGAAUUCCGCUCGGGAGGGGAUGUGGACCACAGCACUCUCGUCACUCUCUUCAAGCUCUUGGGCUACAAAGUUCACGUUCUUCUUGACCAGACCGCACAGGAAAUGCAAGAGAAGCUGCAGAAUUUUGCCCAGCUCCCGGCUCACCGAGUCACUGACUCCUGCAUAGUGGCGCUCCUCUCCCACGGCGUGGAGGGCGGCGUCUACGGCGUGGACGGCAAACUGCUCCAGCUACAAGAGGUUUUUCGGCUCUUUGACAAUGCCAACUGCCCGAGCCUACAGAACAAACCGAAAAUGUUCUUCAUCCAGGCCUGCCGUGGAGAUGAAACGGAUCGGGGGGUCGACCAGCAAGACGGGAGGAACCACAGCCGAUCCCCCAAUUGCGAGGAGAGGGAUGCCAGUGGAGAGGAGCUGCUGAAGACGCGGCUGCCCACCCGCUCGGACAUGAUCUGUGGCUACGCCUGCCUCAGAGGGACCGCUGCCAUGCGCAACACCAAGCGAGGCUCCUGGUACGUGGAGGCCCUCACGCAGGUGUUCUCCGAGAGGGCUUGUGACAUGCACGUGGCCGACAUGCUGGUGAAGGUGAAUGCACUCAUCAAGGAGCGAGAAGGCUACGCCCCGGGCACGGAGUUCCACCGCUGCAAGGAGAUGUCCGAGUACUGUAGCACCCUGUGCCGCCACCUCUAUCUCUUCCCUGGCCACGCCCCCACGUGAUGCCAACCCCCAGCCUCCCGCAUCCCACCCCGUCACCGGGCCACGUGGAGGCCGCUGGGCCUCAGGAGGCGAGGUAGAGCCUUUCUCUCCAGGACGCGUGGCUUCACUGCCUCCCCUCAGGGACCGGGACUCCCCCAGGCUCCUUUCUCAGGCCCACUGUCUCGGCCGGUGACCUCGGACCGCCAGCUCCUCCCACGUGCAGCUCUCCUGUAGAGCCGGCUCUGGCUGGGCUUGUUGUCAAGAGUGUGUGGCCUGCGCUGCGGGACCUGGCGAGCGGCACUGCACACACUGUCUUGACGGGGAGAGGGCGUGUGGCUCUCCUCGAUGUUUGUGUUCAGCUCCUGCCCCCAGCGCUCUUGGAGGAAGCACUCUGGUAAUCACUUUUGUUCCAGGAGCUGAGAUGUCCCAGAGGUCACACCUCCCAUCUCUUCUUUCAUGUCCCAGCCCCAUUUGUCCCAAAGUGGGAGUUUGAAAGGUGUUCCAGUUCAACACAGACAGUUUUCAUUUGGUUUUAAAAGGCCAAGCACCCUCUGCUACUGUAGGUGGGCCCAGACCUGUGCGUUUGUCCCCUUCGGUUCCGGAAGGUCUCCCCCGGGAAGGACCAUCUUCUCAGCUCCGCUCUUGGCUCCUUGGGGCUCGGGAAUACAGCCUUUCAGCGGAGGUCGGAAUUCGGCUGCCUUUUGUCUGUUACCUUGUUGAUCUUUGCCCAUGGAAGCUUCCAAGACCUUCCACGGGUGGUGGGUGCUCUGAGCUUUGUACCUGAAGUGAGCCUUGGGGGAGUGUCAGCGGAGGAGAUAAGGGUGCUGUGCUUGCUCAUGCUUGGCAGUCUGCCACUUUAUCCUCGCUUUUCUUCCCGUGAAGUGCCCCUCCUAGAAAAGCUUCCUGGCUGUUAUCUCUCAGUUUCCUGUUUCUCCCCUGUUUACCUUUGUCUGAUUCUGUUUACUGCAGCCCCCAAAUUGUCUAAAAUACAGCUUAAUUGGAUCGUUUGGCUGCUCGAAGAUGUAAUAUAGUACUUUGUUCCGGCUUUCUGCUUCCGUGUUAAAUCCCCUCUGGAUUUUAUGUGUUCUAUUUCCCCUUCCCAUUGUGACUGUCCAUUUCAGGGAGGUCAGUGCUCCAUAUAUGUUACUUAUUUACCCAAGAAGCCACCUUUAUAUGCACUUACAUGAAGCCUUCUAUUCUUAAAGGCCUUCUUUUUUGCCGUAUGACAAUCUAAUCUCUGUAUGACAGAUUUUGAUUUUG